UGCAGGUAAAAAUGGUGCAGAAAUACCAGUCCCCAGUUCGAGUCUACAAAUACCCUUUUGAGCUCGUCAUGGCAGCCUACGAGAAGCGCUUUCCCACGUGCCCAGAGAUCCCAGUGUUCCUGGGCAGUGAGAUCCUGCACGAGUCCAGGAGCGAGGACGGAGCCAUCCACGUCGUGGAGCGCAGCUGCAAGCUGAACGUGGAUGCUCCCAGGCUGCUGAAGAAGAUUGCAGGGGUAGAUUAUGUCUUCUUCAUCCAGAAGAACACGGUGAACUGGAGGGAGAGGACCCUGCGCAUCGAAGCCCACAACGAGACCUUUGCCAGCCGGGUGGUGGUCAGGGAGACCUGCAGCUACUCGGUUCACCCUGAGAAUGAGGAGUGGACGUGCUUUGAGCAGUCAGCCUCUCUGGACAUCAAAUCCUUUUUUGGCUUUGAAAGCACCGUGGAGAAAAUUGCCAUGAAGCAGUACACCUCCAACAUCAAACGGGGCAAGGAGGUGAUCGAGCACUACCUGAAGGAGCUGAUCUCCCAGGGGAUCACCUUCAUCCCUCGCUGGAGCCCUCCCGCCGCCAAGGAGGAGCGAGCCGCGGCCGUGGGACGGGCCCCCGGUGCCAUCCUGGAUCCUGGGGCCGCCGGCGGCAGCAGGGAGCCGGCUGCCAGCCCCUGCCCUGCCCCCGAGGCUGCCAGCCCUGACGCUGACAAACUGGACGCUGAUUACAUCGAGCGCUACCUGGGCCAGCUGAGCCCCAUGCAGGAGAGCUGCCUGAUCCGCCUGCGCCAGUGGCUCCAGGAGACUCACAAGGGGAAGAUCCCCAAGGACGAGCACAUCCUGCGCUUCCUGCGCGCCCGCGACUUCAACAUCGACAAGGCGCGGGAGAUGCUGUGCCAGUCGCUGGCCUGGCGCAAGCAGUACCAGGUGGACUUCAUCCUGCAGUCCUGGAGACCCCCAGCCCUGCUGCAGGAGUACUACACUGGGGGCUGGCACUACCAGGACAAAGAUGGGCGGCCGCUCUACAUCCUGCGCCUUGGCCAGAUGGACACCAAGGGUUUGGUCAAGGCCCUGGGAGAGGAAUCCCUGCUGAGACAUGUUCUGUCCAUUAAUGAGGAAGGGCAGAAGAGAUGUGAGGAAAACACCAACAUCUUCGGCCGCCCCAUCACAUCCUGGACAUGCCUGGUGGACCUGGAAGGGCUCAAUAUGAGGCACCUCUGGCGGCCUGGGGUGAAGGCCCUGCUCAGGAUCAUUGAGGUGGUGGAGGACAACUACCCUGAGACCCUGGGGAGGCUCCUGAUCGUGAGAGCACCACGGGUCUUCCCCGUGCUCUGGACCCUGGUCAGUCCCUUUAUCAAUGAGAACACAAGGCAGAAGUUCCUCAUCUACAGUGGCAAUAACUACCAGGGCUCAGGAGGGCUGGUGGACUAUGUGGACAAGGAUGUGAUCCCAGACUUCCUGGGAGGAGAAUGCAUGUGCACUGUCUCAGAAGGGGGACUCGUCCCCAAGUCCCUUUACCAGACCGAGGACGAGCCAGAGAACUCGGAUCACAUCCGGCUGUGGACAGAAACCAUCUACCACUCUGCCAGUGUCCUCAAAGGAGCCCCACACGAGAUACUUGUGGAGAUCCUGGAAGGGGAAUCUGUCAUCACCUGGGACUUUGACAUCCUGAAGGGAGAUGUGGUGUUCAGCCUCUUCCACUCCAAACGAGCUCCUGAGCCAAGUCACAAGGAAGCCACAUCACCAAGUCCCUCUGCUGCAGGGGACAACGUGCAGCUCAUCGACAAGACCUGGGUGCUGGGGGUGGAUUACAGCAGGGUGGAGUCUCCUCUGGUCUGCAGGGAAGGAGAGAGCAUCCAGGGGUCCCAUGUCACACGCUGGCCUGGCUUUUACAUCCUGCAGUGGAGGAUGCACGGGCCCCUGCCCUGCUCCAGCUCCAGCCUCCCACGUGUGGAUGAUGUCCUGGCCUCCCUGCAGGGCUCCAGCCACAAGUGCAAGCUCAUCUACUACUACGAGGUGCUGGCCUCCAAGGACUUCAGGGGAUCCAUGUCCAGCCUGGAAUCCUGCAACAGUGGCUUUUCCCAGCUGAGUGGAGUCACCACAUCUUCCAGCCAGUCCCAGAGCAGCUCCCACCUCUCCAGAUAGCAGAGGCAAGGCUGCAGCAGCAGGGGGACCCUGGGGCUGCCCCGCCCCAAACCAAAGAGCUCCGGGCUGAGCCCUUUGGACACAAAGAGGCCUCCGGGAGCUGCUUCAGCCACAACAACUCAAAUUCCAGGGGAAGGUUUGGGGAGUUUUGGGUUUUGCUGCUCCUCAGCAGCCUCCUUCACCCCCUGUGGAUUUUGGGUGCCUGUGAGUUUGCAGGGAUCCGUUCCACUCCACUGUAAAGGGCUCUUCCCAUCACUCCUUUCCCACAGAGGAGGCUGAUGUUGCCUUACCUGUUGGACCUUUGGAUAAUUCCUGGUGGCAGAACCAGGGGAAUGUCCUGGGUGCCCACAGGGUGCUGCUUCCACACUGGACAGUCAAGUGGGCAUUCCAGGGCCUUGGAACCUGGGUGCAGGUAGGACAGUUCAGAAAUCACUUCCAGGCCAAACCAAAAACCUCUUCUGGUCUGGCAGGAUGCUCUGGGAAAUGUGUUGGAUUUUUUUAACCCUGCUGAGAGACAAAGUCAAUUUUUUUUUUUUUUAAAUCUGCCUGCAGUGAGUGGCAUCUUCCAAACUAUUGUUUCUUUUUACUCAGGUUUACAGCAAUAAUGAGUAGGUCUGUCCCAUUCUCGAGUGGAUGGGAACUGAAUCCAAUCCUAAAGGGCUAAGAAAAGCAAUAUUUGAUUUCCUGAAGGCACAAGAUUUUCUGGCAGUAUUACAGAACUUGCUUCUUUUACAUAUGAGCUCACUUGAAAUUUUUCAGAGGCAUGUAUGUAUGUAAGCACUUACUGAAGCCUAUUUAUUCUAUACUAGCUUAUUUUAAAUUAAUUUUUAACUUAUUUAUAAUGUCAGAAAUGACUAUUUAUUAAAUACAGUCACCUUUUUUUAAUGGGAUGAACUUUGAUUUAGAAAGGAAUAACUGAUUGUCUUUAAUCCCAAGCAAUCUUUCUGCUUGGGUCCUGAUCUUUGUGAUCACUGGAUGUUCUUGCAAAAGGGCUGCAUUGGAGUAAGGGCUGUGUCACCUUCCUUGCAAGGAAAGGUGAGAGUCCAGUGCUUUUUUAGACUGUUUUUUAGGAUUAAGAAACAAGGAUUGAGUUCAGGAGUUGUCAUGAAGAUGCACUGUCUUCCUACACACCAAAAAUGCCACGUUUGUCCCUAAUCUCUGAUGGUUCCUGUAGCCAGGUUGGGCAGCAAAGUCAUCCAUGUUCUUGUCCAGGUGAAAAAAACAUAUUCACCAAGUUUUUAUUCAGGAACCUGUGAAGUUCUUCCUUCCCACCCUGCUUUUUUUAAUCACUGGUUUUGAAGCUCUGCCAAAGGAGAAAAGAGCCAAAAUAUUUGGGACAAUGGGAGACAAAGAACUUGAUGUGGUUUUGAGUUGUUUGGUGGCUUUUUUUAAGGAUUGGAGCCAAGGGAAUUACUGUGCACCUUGCAUCUCUCCCUGUGAAGAGGUAAUUUCGUUACAUGGAGCUCAGGGAAGUUCUGAUUUCCACUUCUCAGUUGUUCCAUAGACUUUAAUGUUUCUCCCAGACAAAUAAAACUUCUGUCUCUGACAUUUCAGCAUAGCUGGAGUCUGACAAAGAGGGACAAAUACUACAUUUUCUCUGGAAGGUCAGGAAUUCUGGAACAAAAGUUCAUGUGUGUAUCCUUCAUGGAAAAUCCUUGACUCAGAAUAAAAUCUGAUUCUAGAAACAGUUUCAGACUCCCAAAGCUCCAGAAGCAAACCCAGCCCUGUUCCCCUGUGCUGUUUCAGGAUUUUAGUUUCCUUUCUCACAUGGUUGCUCACAUCGUACAGUGGCAACAUUCCUGUUCCCUGGGUUUGCUCUGGGUAAGAAUCUCUUCCUUUGCCCUGGAUUUUUUUUUUUUUAAUUUUAUUUUGAAAUGUGGAAUAUGCUGUUUGCUGCCCACCAGAAGUUUUGGGUGUUUAAUUUUUGUCAGUGAAGCACCUGGAACUUGGUCCCUGGCAGAUCUCUGAAGGGUGAGGUCAAGGGCUGCUUCCACAGGGCAUGCCAGGCUCUGGGAAUAUCCCAAUCCCAGUUUUUCCUCUUGUCCCUUGGCAGUACCACUCCUCUGCCCAUCAGAGAUUUAUCCCACCUGACAAUUUACUUUGAAACCAAUUUAAACAACUCAAUAUUUUUUCCCUUUUUCUUCUGAAUGUUAACAGGAGAAAGGGAGCAACAGCCUGGCUGCUGUGCUGUGCUUUUUACACCUGACCUUGUCAGAGACACAGAAUUCUUCUAUGUCACCAUUUUCUCCCUCAAAUGACAUCAGUGUCCUUGAGAAAAUAAACUCAGUUUUCUUCACAGUGAGCUGAGUCUGGGAGGGGUUCUGGACCCUCAGAAAUCUCCUAAGCCCAAACCUUGGCACUGGCCUCAUUUUGGGUGAUGCAGCACAGCUCUCCCUGCUCCCCCCCCAGCAGCUGCUCUGCAGCGAGGCCAAUGAGCUGCUAAUUCAAAACUGGCUCCAGUAAAUUGGGGCUCUCCCUGGUUCAGAUAUUCCCUAUGCAAACACAACACCUACCUCAGAGCUGGUGCCACGUCUGGUGGGUGCUGUGCCGCAGGGUGCAGUCACACACGGCCAGAGGUGCCGCCUUCCUUCCCGGGCAGUUCUCCAGCUUUGCCCGGGGCUCUGUCCCGGGGCUGGGAAGGGCAAACACAGAGCAGGAGGGCGGAUGCUGGAUGGCCACAGCCCUGAGCCCUGUUUGCUGCUCCCUGGUCUGAAAAGGGCUUUGUCCCCGCCCCACAGGUGACACCAGAGCAGGGCUGGGACACCGGGGCCG